AACCGGGCUAGUUCCAGGAUCUGGAACUGAGUUUGUGGCGUUUGGGGGUGCUGCUGGAGCGACCGCCACCGCCGCCUCAACCUUUGAUCAUUUGCAAUGUCAGGCUUUGAAAACUUAAACACGGAUUUCUACCAGACAAGUUACAGCAUCGAUGACCAAUCACAGCAGUCCUAUGAUUAUGGAGGAAGUGGAGGACCCUAUAGCAAACAGUAUGCCAGCUAUGACUACUCGCAGCAAGGCCGAUUUGUCCCACCAGACAUGAUGCAGCCACAGCAGCCAUACACGGGGCAGAUUUUCCAGCCAACUCAGACGUAUACUCCCUCACCUCAGCCAUACUAUGGAAACAACUUUGAGGAUGAGCCGCCUUUAUUAGAAGAAUUAGGUAUUAAUUUUGACCACAUCUGGCAAAAAACACUAACAGUGUUACAUCCAUUAAAAGUGGCAGAUGGUAGCAUCAUGAACGAAACUGAUUUGGCAGGCCCGAUGGUUUUUUGCCUUGCCUUUGGAGCCACAUUAUUGCUGGCUGGCAAAAUCCAGUUUGGCUAUGUAUAUGGGAUCAGUGCAAUCGGAUGUUUAGGAAUGUUUUGUUUAUUGAACUUAAUGAGUAUGACAGGUGUUUCAUUUGGUUGUGUGGCAAGCGUCCUUGGAUAUUGUCUUCUUCCCAUGAUUCUCCUUUCCAGUUUUGCAGUCAUAUUUUCUUUGCAGUAAGUACUAAUCUUUACUUUGGGGUUUGAUUGACCAAUUGUGUGGUGGUGCUUUUUUUCGGCUUCCAAAAUUUUUAUUUCUGCAUUAGCCAUGGAAGGACAGCAACUUUUAGUAGCAUAUCCUUGUGCUUUGUUAUAUGGAGUCUUUGCCCUAAUUUCCAUCUUUUGA